AUGGGUAGGCGAUGGAAAGGGGAGUAUUUAGUUAAAGAGGGUUAUAGGAUGGCUAUGCAGAUGGAUAAUGUGGAGUUUGAGGUAGUAGGAUUUCCGUGGCAGAAGUUAUGGCAGGUUCCUGGAAAAGUAAAACUUCUUAUUUGGAGUGUGAUGUGUGAUGCUCUCCCUUGCAAGACAAAUCUCAAACGGAGACAUUUGGAGAUUGAUGAGAUUUGUCUGGUAUGUGGUUUUGACAAUGAAACUGCACUUCAUAUUUUGUAUGACUGUCCUUGUGCAAAGUCGUGUCGGUUGCUGUCAACUGUGAGAUGGAAGAUAAUCAGUUCUUUUCAUGAUUGUCUUACUCGGAUUCUGACUGAUAUGCAUUCCAGUAGUCAUGAAGAAUUUUUUAUGUUGAUUUGGAGCUUAUGGUCUCACAAAAAUGAGGUCUUGUGGCAGAGACAUUUUCAAAAUCCUAAUUACGUGUUAAGUCAUGCACAUGCCGUGCUUUAUGAAUGGAAGGCAACAAGGAAUAAUGACUCUAUGAUUUCCAAAUGGGUUAUUCAGCAUCAACAGGAUAAAAGGAGUUGGAAGGCCCCCAUGCCAGGUUCCAAAUGGGUUAUUCAGCAUCAACAGGAUAAAAGGAGUUGGAAGGCCCCCAUGCCAGGUUUAUAUAUAUGCACUAUUGACGUGGCAAUCUUACCCAAUGAAGCGUAUGGCAUCAGUAUGAUUAUAAGAGAUUGUCAUGGUCAUUCUUGA